AUGAUUUAUCGUGUGUUCAUUGUACUUUUUACUAUCUGGUUCUGUGAUUCCAGAGUAAUAUCUACGAAUUCCAAAGAGGAUGACAGAAUUGUUGAUUUGCCAGGUGUUGAUACUCCGCCAAUUUUUAAGCAGUACUCUGGAUAUCUGAGUGGGGCUGAUGAUAACAUUCAGCUACAUUACUGGUUAGUCGAAUCUUCAUUUGAUCCAGAGGCGGCUCCUCUCCUUUUAUGGCUUAAUGGUGGACCCGGAUGUUCGUCUCUAGAAGGACUGGUUUCAGAAAAUGGUCCAUAUAAGCUUGUCAAAGGUCCAAAGCUGGUUGAAAAUCAAUUCUCGUGGAAUAAGUUUGCCAAUGUACUCUACUUAGAAGCACCUGCUGGUGUCGGCUUCUCAUAUUCUAUCAAUGGUAGUCUUCAUACAGACGAUGAUAUAACAUCAGAAAACAAUUUCUAUGCACUACUGAAUUUUUUGAAAAAAUUCCCAGAAUAUGAAAAACGUGACUUCUAUAUAGCUGGUGAAAGUUAUGCUGGUGUUUAUGUGCCCACAUUGGCUCUUCGGGUUAUUAAUUCAGAUAAAUUUAACUUGAAGGGGAUUGCAGUAGGUAACGGAUAUGUUCAUGAUGAAUUUUUGGACAAUUCUGCUUUAUACUUUGCUUAUUAUCAUGGACUUGUAGAUGAAGACCAAUGGAAUACUCUAUUGACACAAUGUUGUCAAGUUGGAUAUCCUACUAAAUGUUUAUUUACUAGAAACGCUUCAGACUUUUGUGAUGCUAUCAUAGGUCAAAUAGCUGGCAGUGUAAUGACUGAAAUGAAUAUUUACAAUAUUUAUUCUGAAUGUGAAGGUGGCAUUACUCCGCAUCAUCCAACUUCUAGUGAUAAACACAGUGAUUUUGGUAAUUUAUUCCGUAAGAAUAAAUAUAUGCAAGAGCAUCGCCAGUUAUUGAGAACAAUGGGUCGUAAACUUCAAACUCGACUGGCGAUACCUUGUUUAAAUGAUUCUACAAUACGUGGAUAUUUCAAUUCAUCAGAUGUACGUAAAGCCAUACAUGUCAGAGAAGAUAUACCUGUAGAAUGGGAUAUAUGCAGUCAAGAAGUGAAUUUUGGUUAUACACGUCAAUAUACGGAUUUAUCAUCACAGUAUACACAACUUUUACAAUCUGGUGUCAAUAUUUUAAUUUAUAACGGUGAUACUGAUAUGGCAUGUAAUUAUAUAGGUGAUGAAUGGUUUGUAGAUAAUUUGAAUUUACCGGUUGAAAUGAAUCGUACAUCUUGGUACUAUACAGAAGUUGAUGGAACACAACAAGUUGGUGGUUAUUGGAAAGGCUACAAGUUGCAUAAAUCACUUUUAGUUUAUACAACAAUUCAUGGAGCUGGACAUAUGGUACCACAAGAUAAACCAGUUGCUGCUUAUUCUAUGAUGUCGAUUUUUGUUCAAGCCGCUUAA